AGUAGCUCGGCGGCCGCCUCCUUCGUGCGCCGCCGCCUCGGCGCCCGCCCGCCCGCCCGCCCGCCGGCCGGCCAUGGCAGGGGCCGGAGGCGGCGGCUGCCCCGCGGGCGGCAGCGACUUGCAGUGGUGCUUCUCGCAGGUCAAGGGGGCCGUCGACGAGGACGUGGCGGAAGCUGACAUCAUCUCAACUGUUGAAUUCAAUUACUCUGGAGAUCUUCUCGCGACGGGAGACAAGGGCGGCAGAGUUGUUAUUUUUCAGCGGGAACAAGAGAACAAAAGCCGCCCGCACUCCAGGGGAGAGUAUAACGUUUACAGCACCUUUCAGAGUCACGAACCAGAGUUUGACUAUUUGAAAAGUCUAGAAAUUGAGGAAAAAAUUAAUAAAAUUAGGUGGCUACCACAACAGAAUGCUGCUCAUUUUCUACUCUCUACAAAUGAUAAAACUAUUAAAUUAUGGAAAAUAAGUGAACGGGACAAAAGAGCAGAAGGUUAUAACUUGAAAGAUGAAGAUGGACGGCUUCGAGACCCAUUUCGAAUUACAGCACUGCGGGUUCCAAUAUUGAAGCCCAUGGAUCUUAUGGUAGAAGCAAGUCCACGACGAAUUUUUGCAAAUGCUCACACUUAUCAUAUAAAUUCCAUUUCGGUAAAUAGUGAUCAUGAAACGUAUCUUUCUGCAGAUGACCUGAGAAUUAAUCUAUGGCAUUUAGAAAUCACAGACAGAAGCUUUAACAUCGUGGACAUCAAGCCCGUGAACAUGGAGGAGCUGACGGAGGUCAUCACCGCGGCCGAGUUCCACCCGCUGCAGUGCAACGUGUUCGUGUACAGCAGCAGCAAAGGGACCAUCCGACUGUGCGACAUGCGCUCCUCGGCCCUGUGUGACAGACACUCCAAGUUUUUUGAAGAGCCUGAAGACCCCAGCAGUAGGUCCUUCUUCUCAGAAAUCAUCUCCUCCAUCUCCGACGUCAAGUUCAGCCACAGCGGUCGGUACAUGAUGACCCGGGACUACCUGUCAGUGAAGGUGUGGGACCUCAACAUGGAGAGCCGGCCCGUGGAGACCCACCAGGUGCACGAGUAUCUGCGAAGCAAGCUUUGUUCUCUGUACGAAAACGACUGCAUCUUCGACAAGUUCGAGUGCUGCUGGAGCGGAUCAGACAGCGCGAUCAUGACGGGGUCCUACAACAACUUCUUCAGGAUGUUCGACCGGAACACGCGGAGGGACGUCACGCUGGAAGCUUCCCGGGAGAACAGUAAGCCUCGGGCCAGCUUAAAGCCUCGGAAAGUGUGCACAGGCGGUAAGAGAAAGAAGGACGAGAUCAGCGUGGACAGCCUGGACUUCAACAAGAAGAUCCUGCACACGGCCUGGCACCCGGCGGAGAACGUCAUCGCCGUGGCCGCCACCAACAACCUGUACAUCUUCCAGGACAAGGUCAACUAAGGAAGCCAGCGCGCGGACUGAGCCCGGCCGUCCUCUCAGAGGAGGGGCGCUGUCCUCCCCGUGAGGGGCACGCGGUGCUGCCCGCUCCCCUUCGCAGACGGGACGGGCGGCCUCCACCUGCAGCAAGCCGGGCGCGGGCCGCUGCUCCGCGGAGC